GGCCAAUCAGGAGAUCGCCGCGGUGUCCAUGUUGGCGUGCAGAAGGGCGUGUCGUCCUUAUUUAAACCUCGGGCUUUGCACAGAUUACACACAGGCGCAUUUUACCUGGAGAGGACCUUCUCACAUAGCACCCCUGCACCAGAACUCUUCCAAAAUGGGCGACAACAAUCCAGUGAAUCAGGAAGUGGAGCAGUUUAACAAGCAGAAGCUCAAGAAGACAAACACAGAAGAGAAAAAUCGACUCCCAACCAAGGAGGAAAUUGAAGCGGAGAAGAAAGCCUUAAAAGAGGGGGGCAACUGAGACGCUCCUGCCAUGCCUUCCUCUUCCUCUUCUGUCCGGCCCGAUCACCUUUCUUGUCUUCCAGUUCAAAGUCCCACCAUCUGCAUCUGUACCGCUAAUGUCUGUGCUGCCAAGUUUUUAAUCGAAACGGAGUUAAAGGUCGCUCUACGUGCGAAUGAUCGUGACAUAGUCCACCGUACCUGAAUGCAAUGAGUCUUAAUUUUGCUCUUUCUCUGCAUUUUAUGCAGUAUUGAACUGAAGGCCAGUGAUUAAGUGUUGGGUGUAGGCUUAAGCAAACAUGCAAUAUCAUAAAUACCGCAAUGACAUGUGAGUCACUGUUGCUAACACCAAAUGUAUGCCUGUAAAUGGUGCGUGUAAUGGAGAUGUAGUGAAGAUUAGGGGAAAACUGAUAUUUUUGUUUUAAUAAAAAUCAUGUAACAAAUGUA